AUUUUUUGAUAAUAAUAACAUAAUUAAUUACAUAUAAAAUAAACAUAGGUAUCAAUUAUAUGAUAUACCUCAGAUGUAUAAAAACUUUUUUGCUUUUAUAUAAUUUUAAUAGUUACGCAUAUAAGCGGAUAGACAGGCAUCCAGUUUAGUCAUGGCUUGCGGUUCAUUUUACAUGAUAUGAGUAUAUUACAAUAAAACGAUUACAUUUUCAGAACUUUUCUCGGCGUUUGCGAAAUUUGAUUUCCUUAUAGCGCCGGCUGUCGUCACAUUUAUAUUACUUCGUUUCCGCCCGACAACGGACGAAUUUUUUGUUUACCACGUAGAGACAGAUUCAUUUUACUAUGGAGAUAUUAGCUUGUAGGCGACCAGUUUUAGUAUGUAUUUUAAAAAACCGUAAAUUGAUUAAGAAAUGUAAUACUCAUAGUCACAAUCAACAAAGAAAUAUGAGUCACAUUACACAAAGGCGAAUGAACAGUAAUCCAUUAUUCAGGAUACAUAAUCCACAGCUAUCUAGAAAUUUUACAGUUAUGCGUGUUUUAAGUUCAUUGUUAAAAAUACGAUAUUUGUUUAUAUCCGGUGCCAUUGGUAGUGGUGUAGCUGUUUCUAAAAAAUACCAAGAAAUCAUGGAUUCAUUACCUGAUCUUCAUUGGAUUAAAGAUGUUUUACCAGAUGAUAAACAACUAAAAAUUAUUCAAGAUUCAUUAAAUUCAAUUUUUGAUGAUAUGAAAAAUGUUAAUUUGGUCUCUUCAGACCAAUUGGAUAAAUUUAAGACCUGGUUUGAGUUUCAAAUUGAUAAGGCAAAUAAAGAUGCCGAAAGAACUAAUUCAGAAGACAAACGUGAAAUCAUUAUAAAGGUUAGUCCUAAAAUUGAAGCUAAAGAGGUAUCUUCAGAUUCUAGAGAAAAAAUUGAUAAGUUACAACAAGAAAUUAUUGAAAUGCAGUUAAGAUAUCAAAAAGAAUUGGAAAAGCUAGAGAGAGAGAAUAAAGAAUUACGAAAGACACUUUUACUUAAAAAUAAUCAAAAAGUUAAUUUACGAAAAGUUAAAAAAUCUUUGAUAGACAUGUAUUCUGAAUUGCUAGAUGAAUUGAAUGAUUAUGAUUCAAGUUACCAAACUCAAGAUCACUUACCUAGAGUCAUUGUAAUCGGAGAUCAAAGUUCAGGCAAAACAUCAGUUCUAGAAAUGAUAGCGCAAGCGAGAAUAUUUCCUAGAGGCGCUGGAGAAAUGAUGACAAGAGCCCCUGUUAAAGUAACACUUAGUGAAGGACCAUAUCAUGUAGCACAAUUUAAAGACAGUGGUAGAGAAUUUGAUUUAACUAAAGAGUCUGAAUUAGCUGAACUUAGAAAAGAAGUGGAAAUAAGAAUGAAAAAUAGUGUAAGCCGUGGAAACUCUGUGAGUAAUGAAGUUAUUUCUAUGACAGUCCGUGGUCCGGGACUUCAACGAAUGGUUCUUGUUGAUCUACCAGGCAUCAUAAGUAGUGUGACCCAGGGCAUGGCACCCGACACACGGGAAUGCAUUCGUCAAAUGUCUACAUCAUACAUGUCAAAUCCUAAUGCCAUUAUUUUAUGUAUUCAAGAUGGAUCUGUUGAUGCAGAAAGAAGUAAUGUAACAGAUUUGGUGUCUCAAAUUGAUCAACAAGGUCGACGUACAAUUUUAGUGUUGACUAAAGUUGAUAUGGCUGAAAAAAAUAUGGCUAAUGCUGACAGGAUUAACAAAAUUCUUAAUGGAAGUUUAUUCCCUAUGAAAGCAUUAGGUUAUUUUGCUGUUGUAACCGGUAAAGGCAAUCAAGAUGACAGUAUCGAUAGUAUCAAAGAGUAUGAAGAGAAGUUUUUUAGAAAUUCAAAACUUUUUAGAGAAUCUAUUGGUAUAUCAUCUCAAUUAACAACACGCAACUUAAGCAUGGCUGUUGCAGACUGUUUUUGGAAAAUGGUACGUGAAACUGUUGAACAGCAAGCAGAUUCAUUUAAAGCCACAAGAUAUAAUUUGGAAACGGAAUGGAAGAAUAAUUUCCCCAGAGACUUGGAAUUAGACAGAGACGAAUUAUUUGAAAAAGCUCGUGGAGAAAUUCUAAACGAAGUAGUAAGCCUUAGUCAAGUAUCCGUCAAGGAUUGGGAAGAGAAGCUCCGUGGAGAAUUAUGGAAAAGCAUUUCUCACUAUAUAUUUGAACAUGUUUAUUUGCCAGCUGGCUAUUCGGUGAAUCAAACCAACAGUAGUGCAAGCUUCAAUACAAUGGUUGACAUCAAAUUAAAGCAAUGGGCAGAGGAGCAGUUACCCAAAAAAUCAAUAAAUAUUGGUUGGACUGUGUUAAAAGACAUGUUUAAAAGAAUGUUAGAAGAAAACCAAAAUUCUUCUGAUAACAUUUUGGACACUUUAAAAAUGGCUGUUAUUGAUGAAGCCUUGGAAAGACAUUCUUGGGAUGAUAAGGCACUGUCAACGUUGAGAGUAAUACAAUUAAAUGCCCUAGAAGAUAGAUGUAUAAAAAACAAACAUAAUUGGGAUGAAGCUGCACAAUUUUUUAUCAGUAGCUUGGAACAAAAUCUAAAACUUACUGAAGAUUUACUAAAAACAAUGGUUGGCCCUUCAAAUUAUGAGAAAUGGUUUUACUGGAAAAGUUCAACCGCUGAUCAAACAAAAAGAAAUAAUAUCAAAUCUGAACUAGAAAAUUUAUUGAAUUCUAAUCCAGAUCAUAGCAAUUUGUUAACUAAAGAUGAACAGAUCACUAUAAGCAACAACUUGAAACAAAGAACUGGACAACCAUGUGAAUUAGAUGAUAUUUGGGAAACGUGGUAUUUGGUGUAUAGACGUCAUUAUUUUAAAACAGCUUUAGAUAAUGCGCAAAAUUUAAAAAAACAAUUUUAUCUCUAUCAAGAAUCGAGUAGCUCACAGGGCGAAUAUUAUGAAAUUGAAUUGUUUUGGAGGAUAACACGUAUGAUCAAAGACACCGCUAAUGCUUUGAGGCAACAAAUUACAAACAGAGAGGUGAGACGUUUGCAUCAAGAAAUAAAAGAAGUUUUUGAUGAUUAUAAUCAAAGUCAAGAUAUGAAAUCCAAAUUGUUGACUGGUCGCCGUGUAACUCUAGUUGAAGAACUCAAUAAAGUAAAAUUAAUCCAAGAAAAAUUAGAAGAUUUCAUUCAAGCACUUAACAAAGAAAAAUAAUAUGUUAUUCCAUUCUCAAAUUAGAUUUAUUUUCUUUAUGGAAGAUGUAUACUCUUAUU